AACUCAAACUAGCACGAGAGAGAGGCGGGCGGAGACAGAGCGCAUACUGACAUCAGAACAGAGAGUGCUCUGCUCAGCUCAGCUCAGCUAAGCGAGCGGCCCAGCCUCGCCCUCAGCAACACAACACAGUCAUCGCAGCAAGAAACAGUCGCCCAAGAUGAUGCUCGCGUACAUGGACCACGCCACCGCCGCCGCCGCGGAGCCGGAGACCAUGGAGCUGGCCACGGUCGCCGACGCGGCGGAGUGCGCGGCGGCGCGGGACUUCGGCGGGCUGGUGAGCGCCCGGCCCGCGGCGGUGGUCCGUCCGGCGAGCGCGGACGACGUGGCCAGCGCCAUCCAGGCGGCGGCGCUGACGGCGCACCUGACGGUGGCGGCCCGCGGCAACGGGCACUCGGUGGCCGGGCAGGCCAUGGCCGACGGCGGGCUGGUCCUGGACAUGCGCGCGGUCGCCCGGCGCACGCAGAUGCAGCUCGUGUUGCUGAGCGGCGCGGCCUUCGCGGACGUGCCCGGCGGCGCGCUGUGGGAGGAGGUCCUCCACUGGGCCGUGUCGAACCAUGGGCUCGCGCCCGCGUCCUGGACGGACUACCUCCGGCUGACCGUCGGCGGCACGCUGUCGAACGGCGGCGUGAGCGGGCAGUCGUUCCGGUACGGCCCGCAGGUGUCGAACGUGGCGGAGCUGGAGGUGGUGACGGGCGACGGGCAGUGCCGGGUGUGCUCCCCGUCCGCCCACCCGGACCUCUUCUUCGCCGUCCUCGGCGGGCUCGGGCAGUUCGGCGUCAUCACCCGCGCCCGCAUCCCGCUGUCCCCCGCGCCGCAGACGGUGAAGUGGACGCGCGUGGUGUACUCGAGCUUCGCCGACUACGCGGCGGACGCGGAGUGGCUGGUGACGCGGCCGUCGGAGCGGGCGUUCGACUACGUGGAGGGCUUCGCGUUCUGCCGCAACGACGACCCGGUGAACGGGUGGCCGUCGGUGCCCAUCCCCGGCGGCGCCCACUUCGAGCCGUCCCUGCUCCCCGCCGGCGCCGGGCCGGUGCUCUACUGCCUGGAGGUGGCCCUGUACCAGCACCACCACCAGCAUCCCGACGACGUGGACGAGAGGGUUGGGGAGAUGCUGCGGCCGCUCAAGUACGUGCGCGGCCUGGAGUUCGCGGCGGAGGUCGGGUACGUGGAGUUCCUGUCGCGCGUGAACCGGGUGGAGGAGGAGGCCCGCCGGAACGGCAGCUGGGCGGCGCCGCACCCCUGGCUCAACCUCUUCAUCUCCGCCCGCGACAUCGCGCACUUCGACCGCGCCGUCAUCAACGGCAUGCUCGCCGACGGCAUCGACGGGCCCAUGCUCGUCUACCCCAUGCUCAAGGCCAAGUGGGACCCUAACACGUCGGUGGCCCUGCCGGAGGGCGAGAUCUUCUACCUGGUGGCGCUGCUGCGCUUCUGCCGGCCGUCCGGGACUGGCGGCCCGGCGGUGGGCGAGCUGGUGGAGCAGAACGCCGCGGUGGUCGACGCCUGCCGCCGCAACGGCUACGACUUCAAGACCUACUUCCCGAGCUACCGCGCGCAGUCCGACUGGGCGGCCCACUUCGGGUCCAAGUGGGCCCGCUUCGUCGACCGCAAGGCCCGCUACGACCCGCUCGCGAUCCUCGCCCCGGGCCAGAAGAUCUUCCCCCGGACCCCCUCCGCCGGCGCACGGGCCAUCGUGUAAGGCGAUCUUGCCGGCGAUGGCGAUCAUGAAAUACUGUUGUUGGCGAUAAUGAUGGCGGCUGAUUCGGGCGAUUGGUGGCGAUGAUGAAUCGGAGAUCUCGAUCGACGAGGGGGUAAUCGUGAUGAUGAUAUAGGGUCGCUGUUAGGUGCAUCGGGGAGGGGACAGAGGGGGCCGGCGGACGCUGUCGAGGGCCUUGCUUGAUCCAGGGAAGAAGGGUUGCAAAGAUAACGAAAGCUGUGACCUUUCUCUA